AAUGACGUACAGGAAGUGUCCCUUUUCCCCUUGCAGCAGGGGGAAGGUAUCAAAACCCUCCCCCCCAAGAUGGCGGCGGUGACGGAGGAGUGGAUGGCGGAGGAAGGAGGCGGUGGCAGCUGCGGCGGCGGCUCUUCCCUUGCCGCGGGGGCGUCCCAGCGACUGUCGCCGCUGCCCCCGCCGCAGCCAGCGCUUCUGGGACCCCAGUCGCCGGCCUCCCCGUCUCUGGCCUUGGACCAGUUGCCUCACAACAACACGCUGGUGGCGCUGCCCAUCGUGGCCAUCGAGAACAUCCUUAGCUUCAUGUCCUACGACGAGAUCAGCCAGCUCCGCCUGGUUUGUAAGCGAAUGGACUUAGUCUGCCAGAGAAUGUUGAAUCAGGGAUUUCUGAAAGUGGAAAGAUAUCACAACCUGUGUCAAAAACAAGUUAAAGCACAGCUUCCAAGGAGAGAGUCAGAAAGGAGAAAUCAUUCAUUAGCUCGUCAUGCGGACAUCCUUGCUGCUGUAGAAACAAGGCUCUCACUGUUGAAUAUGACUUUCAUGAAGUAUGUGGAUUCCAAUCUCUGUUGCUUCAUUCCAGGAAAGGUAAUUGAUGAAAUUUAUCGUGUGCUGAGAUAUGUAAAUUCUACCAGAGCCCCACAACGGGCUCAUGAAGUCCUCCAAGAGUUAAGGGACAUUUCCUCCAUGGCAAUGGAAUACUUUGAUGAGAAGAUUGUUCCAAUUCUAAAGAAGAAGUUACCAGGAUCAGAUGUGUCUGGGCGACUCAUAGGCUCUCCUCCAGUUCCAGGACCUUCUGCAGCCCUAACAACAAUGCAGCUCUUCUCCAAACAAAACCCUUCAAGACAAGAGGUCACUAAACUUCAGCAGCAAGUGAAAACAAAUGGUGCUGGUGUGACUGUACUCCGGCGUGAAAUUUCUGAGCUUCGCACUAAAGUGCAAGAACAACAGAAACAGCUUCAAGAUCAGGACCAGAAACUGCUAGAGCAAACCCAAAUCAUAGGGGAACAGAAUGCUCGCUUGGCAGAACUGGAGCGAAAGCUUCGAGAAGUCAUGGAAAGUGCAGUAGGAAAUUCCUCAGGGUCUGGGCCAAAUGAGGAGUCUCCUCGGAAACGGAGAAAGGCAGUGGAAGCCAUAGACUCGCUUAGGAAAUCUAAACGCCUUCGAAAUAGAAAAUAACUUGGAAUUCAGUUAUAGCUCCAAAAAAGCAUGGCUUAGCACCCAUGCAGUCAUGCUCACAUGGAUACUUUGAUUUAGCAGCAUGGUGUCCUUUAGGCUGCUCGGUCUUCAGAACACAACUUAGACUUUGACAUUUAUUCAUUGUUGGGACAUUUUCCCCCCUUUCUGUCUGGGUGGACUGAUGCACAGGAUGUUUUUAAUUUGCAAUAGAUUUGUACUAACUAGACCCACUCUAUCAUGUUUUGAGGAGUUAACCCUUUUUCUGUGCAGAUGAUGUGUUAAAGUAAAUUUAUUUGUGUUUCUGCAUAUAUGCACAUUAAAUAAGGAUCUUAAAUAAACCCUAUCUUGACAGACUAGAAAUUAAGUU